GCACACGCGCGCGCGCUCCCCGCGGAACUCCCGCAGGCUCCCGGCUCUCCCGGCGGCGCGCCCGAGCCGCCGCGGCCGCCGCCAACAUGGCCGAGACCAGCGAGGAGGUGGCGGUGCUGGUGCAGCGGGUGGUGAAGGACAUCACCAACGCCUUCAGGAGGAACCCGCACAUAGAUGAAAUUGGGCUGAUCCCAUGUCCUGAAGCUAGAUAUAACCGGAGUCCCAUAGUCCUGGUUGAAAACAAACUUGGUGUGGAGAGCUGGUGUGUCAAGUUCCUUUUACCAUAUGUCCACAACAAGCUCCUUUUGUAUAGAACGAGAAAACAAUGGCUGAACAGAGAUGAAUUGAUAGAUGUCACAUGCACCCUGCUGCUUCUAAACCCAGAUUUUACCACAGCAUGGAACGUGAGGAAAGAGCUGAUCCUCUCCGGCACUUUAAAUCCAAUUAAAGAUUUACAUCUGGGAAAAUUGGCCUUAACUAAGUUUCCAAAGAGUCCAGAAACAUGGAUUCACAGGCGAUGGGUGCUACAACAGCUAAUUCAGGAAACCUCCUUGCCUUCCUUUGUAACCAAAGGAAACCUGGGAACAAUUCCUGCGGAAAGGACACUGCGGCUAAUACAAGAAGAGAUGGAGGUCUGUGGUGAAGCAGCAGGGAGAUACCCAAGCAAUUAUAAUGCCUGGUCCCAUCGCAUCUGGGUUUUACAACACUUGGCUAAGCUAGAUGUCAAGAUUCUUCUUGAUGAACUGUCUUCUACUAAACAUUGGGCAUCCAUGCACGUUUCAGACCACAGUGGAUUUCACUACCGCCAGUUUUUGUUAAAAUCUUUGAUUAGCCAAACUGUGAUAGACAGUUCUAUACUGGAGCAAAACCCUUUGAGAAGUGAACCAGCCCUAGUUCUUCCAAAAGGUGAAGAAGCGGCAGUUUCAACGGAGGAACCAAGGAUAAAUCUUCCUCAUCUUCUAGAAGAAGAAGUCGAAUUCAGCACUGAUCUUAUCAAUUCCUACCCAGGACAUGAAACCCUUUGGUGUCAUAGGCGGCAUGUUUUCCAUCUUCAGCAUAAUUUACAUGGUAGGUUUACUCACAACAUGACCCAGUUGUCACCUGCAGACAGCCCUGGGGGGACUUUGAGUGACUUGCACCUUAUCCCAGCAGGCCCCCAAUUGUCUCAGGCCAUGGAAGUGGAUGGACUGAAUGACUCAAGCAGGCAAGGCUAUUCCCAGGAAACUAAACGCCUGAAGCGGACCCCAGCUCCAGACUCCCUGGGCCUAGAAAUGGAGCACAAGUUCAUUGAUCAAGUGUUGUCCACUUGCCGGAACGUAGAGCAAGCCAGGUUUGCCAAUGCAUACAGAAAAUGGCUGGUUACUUUGAGCCAAUGAUAGAGGUGGAUUAGUCCUAUAGAGUUCCCCUUCUAGUGCAAUAUUGCUUUCCUUACAGUUGCAUGAACUGUUUACUAUUAUUGACUAACCUUUUUUCUUCAUCUUUAGGUUAAAAGUCCAUAGUAAAUCUUUCAUUUUAUUUAUUUUGUUAAAAAUUGGCAUUCCUUUGUGGAUAAAAUAAUUGUGUACUUCUUUUCUGGUAAACAGUGAGUCUUAAAUUUUCUUUUGAACUUCUCAGUUUCUGUAACUGAGGCUUCUCAUUUGGUUCUCCUAAUUAGUUCACACAUGCCUUCACCCACCUCAGUACAAUUGCUGCAUAGGCAAAUUAUUUUAAAAUUUUAUAUUGUAAUUUAGCUAAAGAACAUUAAUGCAAAUGCAGAAUGACUUGAUGCAAUUAAUAUCAAAUGGCUAGGUGGAUGGAUAUGUGGAAAUGAAAACCAGUUCUCUUCUCUAGUAUGUUCUACUUAACAUAUGGACUAACAUAACCAAAGUCAGAAGUAUUGGAAUUUAUAUGACAAAAUACAUCCAAUAUAAUCCAUUUUUAAAAUGAUUAUUUUUUAAAAAAUCCUAAUUUAAUUGUUUAUGUAAUUG